UAGUUUUUUGUUUAUGUUGGGACGUUGUCGGAAAAUUCGGCUGGCUGUUUUCCCGUUUCCCGUCUCCCUCUGCCAUGAAAAGCUGCUAAAAAGGCUAAAUAUAAAAAUCAGCGCAGCGCGGCCAGACCAACAGUCCGCUCUUCGCUCGGUGCAUUGUUUUUCUAGUCGAUAGAAAAUAUGUGAAUCGAGACAGGAACGCAGCAGAAACGCAUCUCGUGUCUGUGUGUAUAUGUAUAUGUACAACGGUGCGCCUGUGUUUGCAUUUGUGUGAGUGCCUGGUACAUGGGAAAAUCAUUAUUAUAAAUGAAAACUGGUGAAAUGUACGACAACCAACUCCCACUUGUACGUGUGCGGGGUGCGCAGUGAAGAAGGGUGUUUACCUCUGUCCGAUUUCCUGUGUGUAUGAGUGCAUGUGUGUGUGUGCGUGCCAGAUAAAGACUUGAAUUUCUGUUGGUUUUUUCCGUCCGUCGGAGGAUAUUAGUGUCGGACGGGAGGAGCCGCAAAAGCGUAAUAUGCUUGCAUAUCCAUUAAUUGCGCAAAAGGUCAAAAGUUAGGCACAACGAAAUGUGGUAGGGACUAUUUGGUCGGUGGGACGGACGGGGCCAGAGACAAAGAGGACGACGAAUUCUGCUGGGUGAAUUCGCCGUGCGGCGAAUUCGGGUGGAAACGACCCCACACACACAAAAGCAGAAAAGGAGCAAAGGACAUCGCCGAACUAAAUAGAACUGAAGACUGUCGACGGCCUACAAAUUGAUAAUUAUGUCAGCGGCGGAACUUGAGGCGGAAGCUGCCGCCCAGGAACAGCAGCCCGAGCAGCACAGCAGCAGCGAACCCCACAGCGAACAAACGAACACUGCCAGCGAGGAGACUUUAAGCACAGCCACAAACAACUACAACAACAAUGUGGACAUUGACCAGCAGCUGCAGCAACACGCCCAGAUGCAACAGCAGCAACAGCAACAGCAACAGGAGGGGGACAACGGCCUGGCCGGGCUGGGCCUAAGCCUGAUGCAGAACUCGCCACCGCCGCACAGCUAUCGCCAUUCACGAGCCUAUCGCCACUUCAAGAACCCGCCGCAGCCGCACAUGUGCAUCCGCACCACCACGGAGACGGGCGAGGAGCUGUUCAUCAACGUCCUUAGCUGGACGCGCAUUGUGAUACCGCAGGAGCCCAGUGAUCCCAUACCCCUAUACGGAGGCAUGCGCGUGCCGCCUGGCAGCCCGCGUAGUCCACCCAUUGUCUUUGCGGUGAUGGCCAAUCCAGAGGUCCUCAAGGACUCUGGGCGCCACAGCAAAGAUCCGGAGGAGCGACGCGCAAUGGUUGAGCUAAUGUGCGACUUCGUGGAGGCUAUGAAUCCCGGCGUGAAACUAGUCAGAAAUGCCGUCAUACUCAAAGAUCGGGACAUUUCCGGCGAGCUGAAAGAUGUCUGGAAUGCCGUACAGGCCCAGCGGGACCGCGAGCGUGAGGAGCAAAUGCUGCAGCAGCGACAGCAGCAGCACUACCAGAACAUCACCACACAGCAAAUGUUUCCCAAAUCGCCGGAUGCGGCACGAGCUGCCAGUGCCGGCGCCGGGUUGAACGAGGCCAGCUCUCCACCGGCUCACAUUGGAGAGCCGCUGAUGGCAGAGCAUGGUAAUGCCAAUGGCAUCACAUUGGCAGUGUUUGCCCAGCAGCUGGACAACAAGGUGGCCAGCGAGCAGACAGAACAGCAGCAGCAGCAGCACGUGGAGUCGCUGGCAACCAUUGAGGAUGCCUGUGUGGAUCAGACGGAUGCUGGAGGCAGUGGCUCAGUGGCUAAUACGAAUGGCUCAACGACUGCCAUGGACAGUCAGCAAGCGGCGGAAGCCGAGCCAGAGGUUAAGAUGUCCGCACACGUGGCCACCAAUGGAGCCGGCACUCCCACAACAAGCUCUUCAACGCUCACGCCAGCUGCCACGCCACCAGUUGUAGCCGCAGCUGCACCCACACCCACACCUGUAGCUGCUGCUCCAGCCAAGAAGGAAAAACUUGGAGGCUUCCUGCCCAACGGCUGCAUCUUCCCGCGCUUCAAGAACAACAAGCACAAGGACAAGGACAGCAGUCACAAGGAAGGCAAGAGCAAAGAGAAGACCCUUCUGAAUGCCCUCAAGAAGAGCAAGGAGAAGAAGGUCGCCCCCAGCGAGCAGGCGGCUGGCGAGAAGGCGGCCGCCUCAUCGGACAAUGGCACCACGCAGUACGAGAAGAACUGCAUCAACAAUCUGGAGUGUGAGGUGCAGAAGCUCGAUCUGAACGGCAGCAACAACGACACCAAUAUGUUCAUUAAGCUAAAAGUGUCCUCGGCCAGUGCCACAGCGGCUGCCGCGGCCAAGUAGGCGGAGGAGGGGUAAAGAUGCUGAUUUAUACUCGAACAUUUUGUAG